AUGCCCCUCAUCAGGGUUGCAGCAUGCAACCUAGCACAACACUCACUCGCAUGGGAGCCAAACCGCGAUCGAAUCCUGGAAUCAAUUGCCAUUGCAAAGGAACGCCAGUGUGCCUUCCGAUCAGGCCCAGAGCUUGAAAUUAGCGGAUAUGGACUCCUCGAUCACUUCUUGGAAAUGGAUACCUACACCCAUUCAAUGGAAAUGCUGCACAGUAUACUGUCCAACCCCGCCACUCAUGGCAUCCUCCUCGACAUUGGCUUGCCCGUCAUGCACCGAGGACUACGGCUGAACUGUCGUGCAAUCACUCUCGACGGCCGUAUCCUGCUCAUUCGGCCCAAAAUGCACAUGGCGCAAGAAGGAAAUCAUCGUGAGCUUCGUUACUUCCAGCCCUGGAAUCCGCAUCAAGUCGAGCAAUAUCGUCUCCCUGCCAUGUUUCACAAUCUCCAGGGUGGCGAGACCUGCCCAAUCGGUGACAGUAUCAUCUCAACCAAGGAGACCAUGUUCGGCUUUGAGACGUGUGAAGAAAUGUGGACACCAAUAGCACCACAGACAACAAAAGAGGCUGACCACCCAUUUUCGUACAGUCAUUUCAGCCUCAGGAAGCUAGAUCUCCGCAUAGGUCUCAUCACUGAAGCAACAAGAAAAUGUGGUGGCAUCUACAUGUACAGCAACCAAAUGGGCCUAGAUGGGGAUAGGCUGUACUAUGAUGGAACAGCCAUGAUCAUUGUCAAUGGUCAGAUCGUUGCCCAGGGUUCUCAAUUCUCUUUGAACACGAUAGAAGUCAUCGAUGCAGUAGUAGAUCUCGAUGAAGUACGCGCCUUCCGAUCCAAUCCCGCGCGAGGUCUUCAGUCUGUCAAAGCUCACAAGUACGAAAUAUUCCACGCCGACUACAGUCUGCUUGGCCCUGAGACAGACCUGAACUUCAACGUAUCCCCAAGUUCAGCUCGCCCGCUUGUAAAGCACGAGGACGUAGAAGAAAUUGCCCUGGCUCCUGCAUGUUACAUGUGGUCUUACCUUGUUCACAGCAAAUCUGCUGGCUUCUUGAUCCCGCUGUCGGGAGGUCUUGAUAGCGCCUCCACCGCAACCCUUGUGUUCUCCAUGUGUCGUAUGGUAUUCAAAGCCAUAGAAGCCGGUCACCCUGAGACAAUAUCGCAUCUCAAUCGCAUAGCCGGAGUCUAUGGUCCCGAAGGCUGGAAACCCAAAUCGCCACAGGAUAUUUGCCACCGGAUAUUGCAUACAGUCUAUCUGGGUAUGGCAUCUCAGAGCUCCGUAGAGACAAGAAGCCGUGCAGAGCGACUUGCUGCUGCAAUUGGUGCGUAUCACACAGACAUGAACAUUGAUGAUGUCUUCCAAGCACAGAAGAGCAUCAUAACCCAGGCCACUGGCUUUGAGCCUCGAUUCAGGGUGCAUGGCGGCUCCAACAGCGAGAAUUUGCUGCUUCAAAACAUCCAAGCUCGAAGCCGAAUGGUGACGAGCUACUCAAUGGCACAACUUCUUCCGACUGUACGCAAGAGGUCAGGUGGAGGUAGCCUACUCGUCUUGGGCUCUUCGAAUGUGGAUGAGUGUCUCCGCGGCUACUACACCAAGUACGACUGUUCUAGUGCAGAUAUUAAUCCUAUAGGUUCGAUUUCAAAGACAGAUCUCAAACGUUUCCUUCGUUAUGCGCAGGUAGAAUUUUCGCUACCAAUCAUCGAGGAAUUUCUGGAUGCAACGCCAACCGCCGAGCUAGAGCCUCUCACUGAGAACUAUACUCAAUGUGACGAGGCCGAUAUGGGCAUGACCUACGCCGAGCUAUCCAUAUUUGGCAAAUUGCGCAAGGAAAACAAACUCGGUCCUUUCGGCAUGUUUCAGCGCCUCGUCCACGAAUGGAAAGACCUGUGCACACCCCGCGAGACGGCACAAAAAGUCAAGCACUUCUUUCAUUGCUAUGCUAUUAAUCGCCACAAAAUGACUACCCUGACACCCGCACUUCACAUGGAAGAUUACUCGCCUGAUGAUAAUCGCUUUGACCUUCGCCCAUUCUUGCUUCCAUCGUUCUAUGAAUCUUGGAGUUUCAAGAAGAUUGACGAGGCUGUUGCGCGCAUGGAAGCUGCAGUGGGGCAGAAGUAA